AUGAGCAAAGUUAUUCAGCAAAUAUUUGAAGAGUACAAUAGAUCUAGGAUUCAAUUUACACAGAAUGUUUGUGACUAUUGUUUAAAGUCUCACAAUAUAGAAAUAUUAAUAAAUACAGAUAUAAUAAUUUUAUUACGUCCUUUAAUAUUAGACAAGGUACCCAUCGUACAACAAAAUGCUACUUUAAUUUUAGGGAAGCUAGCUAGCCAUUCUGAAGAAAUAGCAUUAACAAUUCUUGAAAACGAUAUAUUACCGCAUUUAAUAUACUGUUUAAAACAUGAGAAUAAGAACUACAGAAAGAAUAGCGCAUAUACAUUACAAUGUUUAGCUCGACAUAAUGAGAAGUUAGCAAAAAUAGUAGGAGAAGAUAAUUGUAUAGACUAUUUAAUUGAUGGUUUAUAUGAGUAUGAUAUAAAAUUAAAAGAAUCCUAUAUAAAUACAUUAUGUGCUAUUAUAAAAAAUGAUGAGGAAUUAUCGAAUAUUGUUGUGAAUAAAGGUAUUAUACCUUUAUUAAUUUUAUGUUUACAAGAAAAAGAUAAUAAUUUAAUUAAGUGUUCUAUUAAUAUGUUAUCUGAACUUUCUAAACAUUCAACAGAUAUAGCAAAAAAUAUAGUUGAUAAUAAUUGUUUAUCUAAUUUAAUAAAAUUUUUAGAUAAUAAUGAUAUAUAUAUAAAAAGAUAUACAUGUAAUUGUAUUUCUAAUAUAGCUAAACAUAAAGAUGAAUUAACAGAAUUAAUAAUUGAGAAUGAUGUAUUUCCUAAAAUUUUAUAUUUAUUAAAAGAUAAUGAUGAUAUCGUUAAAAAGAAUUGUGCAAAUUGUUUAAAAGAAAUGAGUAAACAUAAUGAAGAUAUUUGUAAAAUUAUUACAAGAGCAGGAACAAUACCUUUUCUUUGUGAUUUUAUUAAUAUAUCCAAAGAUCAUAUGAAAUUACCCGCCAUAUUAUGUAUAGGCUUUAUAUCAUCUUUCUCGGAAACUUUAAGUUUAAAUAUUAUUUUUGCUAAUACUAUAACUGUAUUAAAAAAAUGUCUUCUACAAGAAUCACAAGAUUAUAUAAAAUCGGCAACUGUAUGGACCUUAGGAAAUAUAGGGAAACAUUCAACUGAACAUGCAAAAAAAAUUGCAGAUGAAAAUUUAUUAAUUAUACUAGUCAACCUAUAUAACUCUAACGAUUCUUCUGAUGAUCUAAAGAAAAAAAUUAAAGAGGCAUUAAAAUUAAUCAUACAAAAAAUAACAGAUAUAAAUGCUUUACAACCUAUUUUUAUUAAAUCCACUUGGCCCCUUGCCAAAUAUUCCAUUCUUCAGUUUUCAAAAUUAUUACCCAAAAAUUCAUCUUCUAAAAAGGGUUUCAUUCAAUCUGGUUGUUUAAAAUAUUUACAA